AUGCCAUCACCAAAAUUGAACAUAGAUAUUACAGUUCUUCCUCCAAAUGUGCUAUCAUUAUAUGAUGAACCUUUCUAUGAAUUAGUUUGUGAAUUAGCUGAUCCUGUUGAAGCUAAAUUACUUCAAGUACAAGGUGUUCGUAGUGCCUAUUCAUUGAUGAAUAUCGACGAUGUUUUCGAUAUACUAAAGUGUCAACGUAAAGCAUUGGAUGAAAUUCAAAAAAUGCUUGUGUUUUAUUGA